AUGAAUCGCCUGGGGCAAAGCCUCACCCUACGGGCGACAGUGUCCAGAAGACUAUGUCAACGACGAAGACUAUCUGCCUCGUUUGAGGGGACAUGUAGGGCCAUGUCCUCCUCAAUGUCUUCGCACCCGAGAACCUUUUCUUCCUCAAGAUUGUUUCUUGCGCGUCCGUCCCCAAUAUGGGGGCAUCCUAGGUGGAUAAACUCGCGGUCAAAACCAGGAGAAGGAGACGAAGAAGACAAAGGUGUCAGUGCUUCGGAAGACUCGGACGAGCAGGAUAAGGCUCGGUUGGACGGUUCUGAGAACGAGGACUCUGGUUAUACAUCGGGAUCAUCCGGGUCGUCGGGUUCACAGUCGUCGUCAUCGUCAUCGUCCGAUGGUGGCGAACAUGACGGUAGUGACAACAAAAACAGUUCUUCACCCCCUCCCUCGUCUUCCGGUAACAGUAACCCAUCACCGGGCACAUUGAUGAAGCAAUCUGUUCCAGAAGUGUACCCUCAGGUCUUGGCUUUACCCAUUGCUCGUCGUCCUUUGUUUCCCGGCUUUUAUAAGGCGGUCGUCGUUCGGAAUCCUCAGGUCGUAGCAGCGAUAAAGGACAUGAUGAAACGAGGCCAGCCAUACCUUGGAGCGUUCCUUCUCAAAGACGAGGACACAGACAGCGAUGUCAUUACGGAUAUCAACUCUGUUCACCCUGUCGGUGUUUUUGCUCAGAUCACCAGCGUCUUUGCUGCCCAGGGACACGAGGAUAAGGAAGAAGGUUUAACGGCGGUACUCUACCCACAUAGGAGGAUAAAGAUCACCGAUUUGGUGAAGGCUGGAGGGUCAGCAAAUGUUGAAGAAGUGUCUGCGGACGAGCCUCAGACGGUGACCCCACCUCCCUCCCCAGCCCCAGAUGUGGCGAAAUCAACCGGUCCUGUCCAAACUUCUUUCCUACAUGAUCACUACGUUUCCAUCGCCCAGGUCGAGAAUCUUUAUACUCAGCCAUACAACAAAGACGAUCAGUACAUUCGCGCCUUCAUGUCCGAGAUCGUUUCGGUGUUCAAAGACAUAGCCCAACUCAACCCGCUCUUCCGGGAUCAGAUCACCAACUUCUCUAUCAACCAGGUUGCCACCAAUGUCUUUGACGAACCUGACAAGCUCGCAGACUUUGCUGCAGCGGUCUCUACAGGCGCAGUCACCGAAUUACAGGAUGUGUUGGAGGCGUUACACGUUGAUGACCGUCUUCGGAAAGCGUUGCUGGUGCUCAAGAAGGAACUCAUCAAUGCUCAGCUUCAGAGCAAGCUGUCGCGCGACGUCGACUCGAAGAUAGCCAAACGCCAGCGAGAGUAUUAUUUGAUGGAACAACUUAAAGGAAUCAAGAAGGAGCUGGGUAUGGAAUCCGAUGGAAAGGACAAACUCAUUGAAAAAUUCAAGGAACGGGCCGCACAGCUCAAAAUGCCUGAAACGGUGCGGAAGGUGUUUGAUGAAGAAUUAAAUAAGCUCGCUGGACUGGAGCCUGCGGCUAGCGAAGCGAACGUUACCCGGAAUUACCUCGAGUGGUUGACGCAGAUCCCAUGGGGCAAGCACUCGACGGAGAACUAUGACAUUCAUCACGCCCGACAGGUGCUGGAUGAAGAUCAUUAUGGGUUGAAAGACGUCAAGGAUAGGAUUCUGGAGUUUUUAGCUGUUGGCAAGUUGAGAGGAUCUGUUCAAGGGAAGAUUAUAUGUCUCGCUGGGCCACCUGGUGUUGGGAAGACUAGUAUUGGGAAGAGUAUAUCAAGAGCUUUGAAUCGCCAGUUUUUCCGCUUCUCUGUCGGUGGUCUGACGGAUGUUGCGGAAAUCAAAGGACACAGACGGACCUAUGUUGGUGCAUUACCCGGCAAGAUCAUCCAAGCCCUCAAGAGGGUAGGCACCGAAAAUCCGCUCGUGCUCAUAGACGAGAUUGACAAGAUUGGGCGAGGCCAUAAUGGAGACCCUUCCAGUGCGCUUCUCGAAAUGCUCGAUCCCGAGCAAAACGGUAGUUUCUUGGAUCAUUACAUGGACGUUCCCGUCGACCUCUCUCGCGUUCUCUUUGUUUGCACUGCCAACAACCUUUCCAGUAUUCCUGCUCCUUUACUCGACAGAAUGGAAGUUCUUGAAGUGAGCGGAUACGUGUCGGAGGAGAAGGCGGUCAUCGCCGACAAGUAUCUCGGACCUCAAGCCAAAGAGGCAUCAGGAUUGAAAGAAGCGGAUGUCUUACUUCAACCGGAUGCAGUAGAUGUGCUGAUCAAGUACUAUUGCCGAGAAAGUGGUGUCAGGAAUCUCAAGAAACAUAUAGAAAAAAUCUAUCGCAAGGCCGCAUUGAAGGUUGUGCAAGACGUGGGAGAAGAAGCGUUACCGGAACCCGAGCCGGCUAGUGAAAAGUCCACCACGACUCAAACUGAGGUCAGCGAGAAGCUUGAAGAAACCACCACCGUCGAAUCCCAGAAGCCGCCUCCCAAUGAUCCCACUAUCGCUACUUCCACCUCCCCGAGUACCGAUGAUGGUGCAUCUUCAGAGACGCCUAAAACAACUGUCACAACACAAGAACGCCGCCCUAUGGCCAUACCUUCCACCCUUCACGUAAGAAUCACCCCGGACAAUUUGAAGGAUUAUGUUGGGCCGCCUGUAUAUCAAAAGGAUAGAAUGUAUGCACACACGCCCCCUCCCGGUGUCAGCACUGGUUUGGGAUAUCUAGGCAACGGCAGCGGCGCUGUCAUGCCUGUUGAAGCGAUGUACAUGCCUGGAAAGGGGAACCUUCAGCUUACUGGGAAACUGGGUGAAGUCAUUCGAGAAUCUGCGCAGAUUGGAUUGAGUUGGGUGAAAGCGCAUGCGUUUGAAUUAGGCAUUACAAGUGCCGACGAUGAACAGUUUUUGGCGAAUAAGGAUGUACAUGUGCAUAUGCCUGAAGGGAGUAUUGGGAAGGAAGGGCCGAGCGCCGGCACUGCGUUGUUGUCGGCGUUCGUUAGUCUGUUCACAAAAACGAGGAUUGAUCCAGAUAUCGCUAUGACCGGGGAGAUAUCUCUUGUAGGACAGGUACUUCCUGUUGGUGGAUUGAAGGAGAAGAUUCUCGCUGCCCAUCGAGCUGGUAUCAAGACAAUCCUGGCUCCCGCUGCCAACCGUGCUGAUAUCGAGGAGAAUGUACCUGAGAGUGUCAAGACGGGGAUUAGAUUUGUGUACGUUGAAGAUGUCAGGGAGGUCUUGCAUGAAGUAUUCAAGGGGGAGAAGGUAGCCGAACGCUGGAAGGAGACGCUGUCGAUAUGA